CGCUGGCCAUGAAGCACGUAGCGGCCUACAUGCUGUGCGUCCUCGGCGGCAACGCCAACCCCUCUGCCGCCGACGUCAAGAAGGUUCUCCAGGCAGCAGAGGCCAACAUCGAUGAUGGAGCCAUUGACAAGAUCGUCGAGUCUCUCGGGGGAAAGAGCGCUGAGGAGGUGGAGGCAUUGAUUAAGGAUGGCAAGGGAAAGAUGGGCAGUGUUGGCGGCGGCGGCGGCGGCGGCGGCGGCGGCGGCGGUGCUGCACCGGCGGCGGCAGCAGCUAGCGCAGGUGGUGGUGGAGGUGCUAAGAAGGCACCUGAGCCAGAGCCAGAGGAGGAGGAGGAUAUGGGCUUCUCACUUUUCGAUUAAGGGUAACGAUUUUAUUGGUAACAAUGAAUUCCUCAAAACUCGA